GGAGGGGUGGGGGGUGGACUGUGAGCGGCUUUAAAGAAGGAGCAGAUCGAGGAAGAGAGAAGCAGGAGGUCAGACAGAGCCACCAGGAGGCCCUUGGCACCCUGAUGAUGAACAUCCAGUCCGCCAUCAGCAGGGAAAUCUUUGCCCCGCAGGACGAGAAGUUACUGGUAGCAAUCGAGGUGAAGAAGAGGACGAGGAGGAGGCUGCCCUUCCUCACGGCCAGCCGCAAGAGAGACUAUGUCACCUUCCUCUGCCUGUCGGUUACGAAUAAGCGGCCCGUUCAGGUUUUCAUCACGAAGGUGAAACAAUAUCCUGCCUCUCCACGCUUUGCCAAACGAUCUCAGUGGUCAGUGGAGCAGCUCCGCCGGGUCGAUGGCAGCAACCCCAACAAGGACAGUCCAGAGUUUGAUCUGGUGUUCGAUCACAACCAUGACCAGUGGGUAGCCAGCUCGGCUGCAGAGAAGUGCAUGUUUGUCCAAAUUCUCUAUCAUGCCUGCCAGAACUACUGGGAGGGUAGGCUCGAGCCGGCCAAUGUGGGUGUCGGGACCGCUGGGGAUCAGAAGGGCCCCAGGACCUCAGGGGACCAGCCUGCUGUUCCAGGAGUGGUGGAGAGGAAGAAGGUCCAAACUGCUCCACGGCCAACAGAGUUCAUCAACUGUCAGUCCAAACUGAUGGGAGACGCCUGCUCUGUAAACAUGGUCAUCUACCGCUGUAAGAUCUUUUUGAACCGAAUGAAGAACACAAUGAUUGUAAACCAAGGCCAGCUUCAGGGCAGCAGCCAGAAGGCCUCUGCUGCUAAAAUGUCCACUGCAAAAGCAACCACUGCUAAAGCUUCCACUGCAAAAGCAUCUACUGCUAAAGUGUUCAGGCCCCCCUCCUCUCCUCCAGCAGAGAGGAGUAUGGGUAGUGUAGUCCGCAGGGCCAGUCAGGUGUUGAGUGAUCGUGGAGACUUCAGGGCUGCAAAACAACUUGCAAAAUCACCCAGAAGUUUGCCUUGAAGCAGCUGAAUUAAGAGGAUCAGACGCUUUUCCCUCUGUCCGCACCUUUAAUCUCUCUCCGCUGACCCGUACGACCUUUGAGGUUCCACCUUCUCCUCUGGAUGUGUGGAGGAUCUAAAACACUGCCCUCUUCUGGACUGGAGUGGACUCACAGGUUGCUUCUGUCUGAACGCUCCUUGCUCUGGAUGCUGCUGCUCCUCCUUUCUGCCACUAGAGGGCAGCUCUGCUCUACUUUAGCUUAUGUCGCUUUUUUGGGGGACGAUGUUUGGAUCUUUUAGACGCUCCUUUAGAUUUAGUUGGAUGAAGUGAGCUGUUUUAUCUGGUGGCUGCAGUUUCAGGACAAACAGCUCUUUUUUCCACAUUUGGAUUUUGCAUUCACUUCUUUACCUUAUCAACAGUAAGAACGGCAGAUUAUCUCAGCUAAUGUUUGGAUUAAAUGUAUGAUUUUGUUGUCACUCUGCAGUGAAAAAUCCUCACAUAAUUUAACAUGUUAAACGUGUAAAAUCCUGACCAUCUCAGAUCAAACACAGCAGAGAGGAGUAGGCAGCCCUAGAGUUAGUAAUAAUAUUAAUAAUACAUUUUAUACAUCAAUCAGCCAUAACAUUAAAAAACACCU